AUGGGAUUAAAUUCUCUCAAGGUCAAAUUAAAUAUUAAUAAUGAUAAUAAUGAUAAUAAUAAUAAUAAUAAUAAUAAUAAUAGUAGUAGUAGUAGUAGUAGUAGUAGUAGUAGUAGUAGUAGUAGUAGUCGUAGUAGUAGUCGUAGUCGUAGUCGUAGUCGUAGUCGUAGUAGUAGUAGUAGUAGUAGUAGUAGUAGUAGUAGUAGUAGUAGUAGUAGUAGUAGUAGUAGUAGUAGUAGUAGUAGUAGUAGUAGUAGUAGUAGUAGUAGUAGUAGUAGUAGUAGUAGUAGUAGUAGUAGUAGUAGUAGUAGUAGUAGUAGUAGUAGUAGUAGUAGUAGUAGUAGUAGUAGUAGUAGUAGUAGUAGUAGUAGUAGUAGUAGUAGUAGUAGUAGUAGUAGUAGUAGUAGUAGUAGUAGUAGUAGUAGUAGUAGUAGUAGUAGUAGUAGUAGUAGUAGUAGUAGUAGUAGUAGUAGUAGUAGUAGUAGUAGUAGUAGUAGUAGUAGUAGUAGUAGUAGUAGUAGUAGUAGUAGUAGUAGUAGUAGUAGUAGUAGUAGUAGUAGUAGUAGUAGUAGUAGUAGUAGUAGUAGUAGUAGUAGUAGUAGUAGUAGUAGUAGUAGUAGUAGUAGUAGUAGUAGUAGUAGUAGUAGUAGUAGUAGUAGUAGUAGUAGUAGUAGUAGUAGUAGUAGUAGUAGUAGUAGUAGUAGUAGUAGUAGUAGUAGUAGUAGUAGUAGUAGUAGUAGUAGUAGUAGUAGUAGUAGUAGUAGUAGUAGUAGUAGUAGUAGUAGUAGUAGUAGUAGUAGUAGUAGUAGUAGUAGUAGUAGUAGUAGUAGUAGUAGUAGUAGUAGUAGUAGUAGUAGUAGUAGUAGUAGUAGUAGUAGUAGUAGUAGUAGUAGUAGUAGUAGUAGUAGUAGUAGUAGUAGUAGUAGUAGUAGUAGUAGUAGUAGUAGUAGUAGUAGUAGUAGUAGUAGUAGUAGUAGUAGUAGUAGUAGUAGUAGUAGUAGUAGUAGUAGUAGUAGUAGUAGUAGUAGUAGUAGUAGUAGUAGUAGUAGUAGUAGUAGUAGUAGUAGUAGUAGUAGUAGUAGUAGUAGUAGUAGUAGUAGUAGUAGUAGUAGUAGUAGUAGUAGUAGUAGUAGUAGUAGUAGUAGUAGUAGUAGUAGUAGUAGUAGUAGUAGUAGUAGUAGUAGUAGUAGUAGUAGUAGUAGUAGUAGUAGUAGUAGUAGUAGUAGUAGUAGUAGUAGUAGUAGUAGUAGUAGUAGUAGUAGUAGUAGUAGUAGUAGUAGUAGUAGUAGUAGUAGUAGUAGUAGUAGUAGUAGUAGUAGUAGUAGUAGUAGUAGUAGUAGUAGUAGUAGUAGUAGUAGUAGUAGUAGUAGUAGUAGUAGUAGUAGUAGUAGUAGUAGUAGUAGUAGUAGUAGUAGUAGUAGUAGUAUAUUAAGCACUAAGUAUGUUGACCCAAUGAGACUCUUAGUUAUGGACAAUUUUUGA